GUUCACGAGAGAGGCCAACUUAACAGUAGAUCUUGUCCCGCUAGGUAGCCUAGAGCGGCGUGUUACCAACUUUGUUAGUAUCAAGUUUAGUUUGUUUGGAGCGUCGUUGUUUACGGAGCGACUGUACAUUUAAAGUUUCGUACACAAAUCCGUAUUGUGACAAUUUCGGUGUUUUAUGGAUAGUUCGUGUGUGUCUUUGUGGCGUGAACUCGCUCGUUUUGAGUGUUUUUAAAAUGUUUGUGGUCUCGUUUUUGGGAUAAGUUUUUCGGCGUGUUCUCAGCCUCGGCUUGGUUGUCCAAACCUCGAUAUUCUCCGCGAGGCUACGAUGAAGAGGAAACUUUGAAACGCGUUUCAAACGCGUGAAGUCGUGAAGAUGUUUGCCUUCCAACUAAUCUUACAAUGUAGUUAUGUGGUGAAGAUUUUGAUUUGGUCAAUAUGUUUCAUCGCGUUUUGCCACGCUUGGCUGCCAGACGGCUCUUCCAAACUAGUGAACAACUUCAAAUCUAUCUCCAGUAUAAGUUUUACGGGGAAUGCGUCCUUCCCCGACCACUUUAUUGUCUUGAAUCAAGACGACAACUCUAUUAUAAUAGGUGGUAGGAAUAGGAUAUAUAAUUUAAGCAUAUACGAUUUCCACGAAAGGAAGGAGGGUAGAAUCGACUGGCCAUCGUCCGAUGCACACGGCCAGUUGUGCAUACUGAAGGGGAAAACUGAAGACGACUGCCAAAAUUACAUUAGGAUUCUUUACCAUUCAGAGUCCGGGAAGUUAGUUGUCUGCGGGACCAAUUCGUACAAACCGUUGUGCAGAACUUAUGCCCCCAAGGAUGGAAAGUACUCAGUCGAGAAAGAAGUGGAGGGGAUAGGGCUGUGUCCGUAUAACCCAGAGCACAACAGCACGUCUGUCUUCUACAACGGCCAAUUAUUUUCAGCCACCGUUGCUGACUUCUCCGGGGGUGACCCCCUCAUAUACCGAGAACCCCAACGAACGGAACUCUUUGAUCUCAAACAGUUGAACGCGCCUAACUUCGUCAGUUCGUUACCGUACGGAGAUUUUAUAUUCUUCUUCUACCGAGAAACAGCUGUUGAAUAUAUGAAUUGCGGAAAGGUCAUCUACUCUCGAGUGGCCAGAGUUUGCAAAGAUGAUAAAGGCGGUCCGCACCAGUCCAGAGACCGUUGGACAUCGUUUCUGAAAGCGCGCCUAAACUGUUCAAUUCCGGGGGAAUACCCUUUCUACUUCGACGAAAUCCAAUCAACAAGUGAUAUAGUAGAAGGAAAGUAUAAUUCCGAUGAAUCUAAAAGAAUAAUUUAUGGCAUACUUACGACUCCGAUUAACGCGAUCGGUGGCUCGGCCAUCUGUGCUUAUCACAUGGACGACAUUCUAAGAGCGUUCGAAGGUAGCUUCAAGCAGCAAGAGAACAUCAACUCAAAUUGGCUUCCGGUACCAGAAAACAUGGUUCCUCAACCUCGACCCGGGCAAUGCGUUCGGGACAGUCGCAUCCUUCCAGACAAAAACGUCAACUUCAUCAAAACACACUCCUUGAUGGAAGAAGCCGUCCCGGCGUUUUUCGGUAAACCUGUUUUGGUCAGAGUGAGUUUACAGUAUCGGUUUACGGCCAUCACCGUCGAUCCUCAAGUCAAAACUACCAAUAAUAAAUACGUAGAUGUCUUGUAUAUCGGAACAGAUGAUGGAAAAGUUCUAAAAGCGGUCAACAUACCGAACGGAGACACCGCCAAGGCGAUUGUUAUAUCGGAAAAUACGGUACUUCCGCACGGUUCGGCUGUGAAACAGCUAAAGAUAGCGCCGGGAUAUGGGAAAAUCGUUGUGGUUGGAAAAGACGAAGUCAGGCUGACGACCCUAAACCACUGUUCGAGUAUAACCCGUUGCAGUGAGUGCGUCGGCCUGCAAGAUCCGCAUUGCGCAUGGGAUGCCAAACAGAACGCGUGUGUCAGCAUUGACGCCGUCACUUCUUAUCGUUUCUUAAUACAGGAUGUACCUCGAGGAGACGUCAACAAAUGCUGGUCGCCGCAAUCAGACAAAAAGACUGUGAUCAAAAGUAAGUCCGACGCGGAGGAAAAGAAGGAGAUCCAGACCAAUUCGCUCGACGAUAAGGACCUCGAUUCGACUGAUCCGGUGAUCCGGACGGACGAAGAUCCCGAGUGUGACCCUCUGGACGAAAACAGUAUAGGUGGAUGCGCCGUUCGCCAACAACUGGUUAUAUAUACGGCCGGGACUUUGCAUAUUGUAGUAGUAGUAGUAAGCAUCGUGGGUCUUCUUCUUGGUUUCAUAGCCGGGUAUUUAUUUUCCCAGAAGUUUCAUUCGCAUUCGCAGUAUCCAGAGGCUCCUUUCAUUGAGCAACACAAUCAUCUAGAAAGGUUAAGCGCCAACCAGACGGGGUACUUGACGCCGAGAGCGAAUAAAGCGGUAAAUUUAGUCGUGAACGUAUCGAGUAGUUCGCCGCCCCCGAAAAAAGACAAUCUAGAUGUCGGAAAAGAUCUGAACAUUUCUAGUGAUGGAACGUUGCAGAAAAUAAAGAAGACUUACAUUUAAGUAGUGCGGAUUUUUGUUACUUGUACCUGCAGAUGGGAUCGGUUUCGGUGUUUUGAAAGCCAUUAGAAAAUUUUCCAUGACA